AGCGUUUUCUGAUCUAGGGCACAAAACCAAACCGAACCUCCCGACAGUUGAUAAAAAAUUAGAGCAGUUAGAGCUUUGAAUUCGAGCUACAAUGUCUUCGCGACACGAAAAUAGACACGCCGAUGGGGAUGGAGGUGGAGGUUCUUCACCUUAUGAUGUGUUUGAAGAUCGGGAUUCACAAAUUCAGAAGCACAAAGGGCGUGAAGAUAGUGAGAGAUCAAAGACUAGAGAGCGUGAAAGAGAUAGGGAUAGGGGAAGUAGAGACAGAAGACACAGAGAUUAUCCAGAAAGAAGUAGCAGAGAUGAGAGAGGAAGGGAUAGAAAUGAAGAUGAUGGGCGUUCAAGGAAUCGUGACUAUAGCAGGAGAAAUGAUUAUGAUCGAGAAAGAGAGAGGCAUCACAGACACAGAUCACGUUCUGCAUCACCCGAUCGAUCCCGUGAAUCAUCUAGAUCUCGCUCAAAAAGCAAGAGAACAAGUGGUUUUGACAUGGCACCACCUUCUGCUGCAACUAUGCCUGGAGCAGUUGGCAAAUGUUGAUGUCCCACUUUUGGAAUCAGCUGGAUCUUGUUCUUCUUCGCCUUCAGACAGCUUGUUAUUUGGACAAGUGACAGAUGCUCCUCAAUCAAUGCCUGGAAUGUUCCAGAACAUGUUUCCUUUUGGUGCAGCACAGUUGGGAGGUCUUCCCAUGAUGCCAGCUCAAGCGAUGACUCAGCAGGCUACAAGGCAUGCACGUAGGGUAUAUGUUGGUGGAUUGCCUCCUUUGGCCAAUGAACAGACUAUAGCAACCUUUUUCAGCCAUAUUAUGACAGCCAUAGGAGGAAACUCUGCUGGACCAGCAGGUGAUGCGGUGGUUAAUGUGUACAUUAACCAUGAAAAGAAGUUUGCAUUUGUGGAGAUGAGAACAGUUGAAGAAGCAAGUAAUGCCAUGGCAUUAGAUGGGAUCAUCUUUGAGGGAGUCUCUGUGAGAGUGAGAAGACCUACAGACUAUAAUCCUUCAUUAGCUGCAACUCUUGGCCCCAGUCAACCAAAUCCAAAUCUCAAUUUAGCUGCUGCUGGACUUACCCCUGGUGGUAUUGGUGGAGCUGAAGGACCUGAUCGUAUAUUUGUUGGGGGUUUACCUUAUUACUUCACUGAGGUACAGAUAAGAGAGCUGCUGGAAUCCUUUGGGCCACUGCGUGGGUUUGACCUUGUGAAGGAUAGAGACACUGGAAACUCUAAAGGAUAUGGUUUCUGUGUCUAUGAGGAUCAAGCGGCUACAGACGUUGCUUGUGCUGCACUUAAUGGCUUAAAAAUGGGGGAUAAAACACUCACAGUCAGACGUGCAACCAUCAGCAGUGGGCAGAUGAAAUCUGAACAGGAGACCAUUAUGGCCCAGGCCCAACAACAUAUAGCUAUGCAGAAAAUGGCGUUACAAGUAGGUGGGUUUAAUCUUCCUGGAUUACCUAGAUUACCUGAUGAGAUUCCAACUAAAGUUUUGUGUUUAACUGAGGUGAUCAGUGCUGAUGAAUUGAUGGAUGAUGGAGAAUAUGAAGAAAUAUUAGAGGAUAUGAGGGAAGAAGGACGAAAAUUUGGCGAUUUGACAAAUGUUGUAAUUCCACGUCCUGAUCCAAAUGGAGAACAUGUUCAUGGUCUUGGAAAGGUGUUUCUGGAAUAUUCUGAGCCUUCUGAUUGUGCGAAGGCAAAGGAUUCUUUGGGUGGCCGGAAAUUUGGAGGGAAUGUUGUGACAGCUGUUUACUAUCCGGAGGAUAAAUACUUGCAGGGGGACUAUGGGGCUUAGAUAAAAUCAUUAUUGUUUUAUGUUUUCUUAUUUUUAUUUUAUUAUAUAAUCUCUCCUUUUUUUAUUUUAUAUUUUGAGAAAUUAAGUUGUCAAAAUUCAAGGAUAGUUGAGUUGAUGAAACUCUCUUUGAACGUAAGGUUGCAUAAGCAUCUAAUGUAUUAAUGAAAAUUGCAAUAUAUAUAUAAUUCGAUAGGAUUUUUUUUUUUUCUAUGAUGGAUAUUAAUCAUUUUGUAUAAUGAGUUAAUGACUAAUGAG